CCCAUGUGCGCGCAGCGCUGAGCCGGGUCUGCACGGAGCUCCUCCGGAUCGGAUUGGCUGUGUCCAGAUGCGGGUCCCCGGAUGGCGGCUCGCCUCCCCUGUGGUGUGGGUGAUGUCCUCUUGUAGUAGGUGGCACAGGUGGCUCACCUGCCCGGGAUCAGAGUGCCCUCCCGCUGGGACUGUGGAGAGAUGUGAAGAAGAGGUGACAUGGUGCUAAGUGGCCACAUCCAGGAGGGUCCCCUAUGACUGGCUGCAUAUCAUGGGAUCGCUGUGAUUAUUCCUGCGUGGACUGUGACAGUUGGGCACCUUCUACAUAAAGAGCCGUAUUCCUGCUGCUGGGCUCUGAUCAUCCCAUUGAGUCCUCCUAGAAGGGGGUCCAUCCUCCCUCCCCCACCCACCACACAUGCCUCUAACUGUCUCCUGAUGUGAUCUUCUCAACCAGUAGUGGAAAUGACAAUAAGUGCCCCUUACAUUGCUCUGGAGGUGAUCAUCGCAGUCCUGUCCAUUGCAGGGAAUGUCUUGGUCUGCUGGGCUGUGGCCAUCAACAGCACUCUGAAAAAUGCCACCAACUAUUUCCUGGUGUCCUUGGCCGUGGCUGAUAUAGCGGUGGGACUGCUCGCCAUUCCGUUCGCCAUCACCAUCAGCAUUGGCUUUGAGACUGAUUUCCACAGCUGCCUGUUCUUGGCCUGCUUUGUUUUGGUUCUGACCCAAAGCUCCAUCUUUAGUCUGUUGGCUGUGGCUAUAGACAGGUACCUGGCCAUCAAGAUUCCUCUCAGGUACAAGAGCCUGGUCACUGGAAAAAGAGCAAGAACCAUCAUUGCCGUUUUCUGGAUUCUAUCCUUUGGCAUUGGCUUAACUCCCCUGAUGGGCUGGAACUGCAUGGAAGGAGACUGUGGUUCAAAUGAAACUAUAUCUACCCGCAACAGAACGAUUUCCUGUUUGUUCGAAAAAGUUGUUACAAUGACUUACAUGGUGUACUUCAAUUUUUUUGGGUGCGUUUUACUUCCAUUGUUAAUCAUGCUGGGAAUAUACAUCAAGAUUUUCAUGGUGGCCCGAAAACAGCUAAGACAAAUUGAAAUGAAAUGUAUCGGUGCUGACAACUCAAGGACCACUCUUCAGAAGGAGGUGAAUGCAGCCAAGUCAUUGGCCAUCAUUGUGGGUCUCUUUGCUUUUUGCUGGUUGCCCAUUCACAUCUUGAACUGCAUCACCCUAUUUGACCCUGAGUUCCACAAGAGAAAGCCGGGCUGGGUCAUGUACGUAGCCAUCAUCUUGUCUCAUGCCAACUCUGUGGUCAAUCCAAUCAUAUAUGCUUACAAAAUAAGAGACUUUCGUUACACCUUUCGUAAGAUUAUCUCUAAGUACCUUCUCUGCAAGAAGGAAAACUUCUCUAAGUUUCCUAAUGGCAGCAUUGGGCAUGCCAGACAAACGCAUAUCAGCAGCGUAAGUGCUGCCAAUGUUUUUAUGUGACUUCAUAGACUCCCUGGUGCCUUCAACUGGGCAAAGGAAUCUUCUGUAGUUUAGUUUCCUGGACACAUUAUAAAAACGUAUUUCUGAGACCAUGAAGGGUUUCCUGACUGACCACUUUGCUGCUGCACUUUGUUAAUACAAAAUGUUCACCUUUACUUUUACUAUGAAGGUAUUACUGAAAUUCCCAGUCUUCUCUGCACUGUUGACAGUCUUACUAAUUUUACUGAAGCCAUGAGAUCCUACCUACUCAUCGAUGCAUGUAAUAUGUUAAGGAACUUUAUUUAAAAACAGAUACAUUACUUAGAGGGCUGUGCACAUAAUCCCUAAACUGGUGUUUUCACAUUCUUUUUUUUUUUUUAACAGGUAAACAUUCUUAGACUAAGCAAUUAAAAUCAUGUUUAGAAAUGAUGGAAGGAAUUCUCCAUAGCUACUUCCAUUUUUUUAGGAUACAUCAUCUAACCAAUGUCAUAUAUGUUUUUGAAUGUAAAGUUAAUUUCUGUAUUUAGAUCCAUUAUUUGUUAGGAUUAUUCAUAUAGUCCCAUCUGCCAUAUAUGUCAAACUGUAUGCUGAAGUUGUCCAUCUGUAAUCUUAUGCAUACAGUCAUAGUAUAUGUAAAGACAACGGCGGGUAGAAAACCUGGGGAAAAUUAGGUCAUCUGGAUACACUAGAUGGUGUUAAAGCUCAGCUUCUAACAAACUCAGAAUCACUUAAAGUGGAGGUUCACCCGGAAAUUGCUAUUUUUAACCUUAGAUUGAUGCUCAUUUAGUCUAGGGGA